AUGGCCAGCGUUCAGGAUCGCGCUCAGCACAUUCUAGCUCAGCUAGAGAAAGAGCUCUCCAAGUACCCCGUCCUCAAUAACCUUGAGCGUCAGACGUCGGUGCCCAAGGUCUAUGCUGUUCUCGGCCUUGUUGGAAUCUACGUCUUCCUGGUCUUCUUCAACAUUGCCGGUUCUUUCCUGGUCAAUUUCGCCGGCUUCAUCAUCCCGGGCUACUACUCUCUUCAGGCCUUGUUCACGACCAAUACUGCGGAUGAUACUCAGUACUGGGUGGUCUAUGCAUUCUUGAACGUCAUCGAGAGUGCCAUUAGUGCUGCUUACUGGUUCCCCUUUUACUAUAUCUUCAAGUUUGUCCUCGUUCUCUGGAUGGCUCUCCCCCAGACCAGUGGCGCCCAAAUUGUGUUCAAUUCUUUCAUCCAGCCUGUGUUCGCUCGUUUCUUCGCGGGUACUUCUACGUCGGCCAACCUCCGCGCCCAGGCUAGCGCUGCUUCCAAGCCCCACUCGGGUUAA